GGCACAUAGAGAUUUACUUCCGCAACGUGUGUUGCGUGACAAGCUUCGUACCCGGCAAGGAUGUUCAUAUUAUGAUCCAUGAAAAAAAAUUAAUUCAAGAAUCAGAGAAUGGGACAACCCAACACAACAGAGACGAGGAUCUACUCUGAUAAUAAAUUCAUUCAUAACCGAAAGAGACGUUGGUGGCUUUUCGAGCGACGAUUCAAAAGCCAAUACGAACUAAACAUCAUUUGUGUUGGAGAUUUCACUUAUUCACCUUGUACGCGAUCUGAUAUCUUACAAGACUAUAUAAAUCAUAGAGCUCUGGAAGAUAGCACAACCUCUUGGCCGACUGUCCGUGUUCGACUCCAUAUAAGCAAAGUAUCUUGGAGCACCAAAAAGCCAAAAUCAAGACGUGAUAUUACAGUUAACAUCUUGGAUAUUUCGCAACCGGAAAUCGAUUCUUCUGUGACUCGAAUCGAUUGUUUUAGGGAGGCCGUGGCAGCAUUGGUAUUUUGCGGACCCCACAAUCCAAACAGUCUAUCUGGGUCUUUACGUUGGCGAAAUGAUGUUAUAAGAGCUAAGGGAAGUGCUAUACCGAUGGUUCUAGUCGUCGAUAAUCUACCGAGCAAUCCGGGUAAGGGAUCAAAGGAAUGGAUUGGACCGGGGUUGCUAUUUGGAAAUAGAGAAGAGGUGGAUCAGUUUUGCUCUGAAAAUGGGUUUUUCUCUUGGCAUGAGCUCAGCUCAGGUGAUGGUUAUUCGGAAGCGAUGGAGAGGGCGAUUAAUUGUCUGAUAGAAAAGGUACAAGAAGAUUCUGAUCUACUGAAGAACUGAUAAUGAAACGACGGACCAGGGGUUGGGGGAUUGCUGUUGAUCACACCCAAAGUGCUAUCAAUCCCUCAGGGUUUAAAUUAAUUUUCCCGGCGAUCACCCCAUUUUACAUUUUCAUGGGAGUCCCCCUGGCAAUUGUAAAUACUCCAAACAAUUUAUGUUUUUAUUUUAUUUUUUCUGUCUACCAUCAUACCCUCAGGGGGGGAUACUCAGGUUAUUAUUGUCUUUUAUAUUAUUAAAUAAAAAAUGUAACUGUCA